AUGGGGGUACUGAUGAGUGACUUUUCAAAACUACACGUUAAGUUACUCCCAAAUGCACGCUAUUUUCAUGCACAUUUGCCUUUGGUUAUUUUGUUUUCGGUUUUGUUCAUCGGAAUGCUUUCAAAAGAGGAGCAUGACACUGCAGUGAAGCAAAGAUGUUGGCUGUUGGAGGAUGUCAUUCCAAACGUUCUGAAUGAGUUAAAAGCACAGCUGGAGGAGCUGCAAAUUAAGGUUUCCAGUUACCAUCAAGAUCAUUUAAUUAAGGCUGCAAUAAAUAGUGAUAUGCCAUACUUUCUAGAACAGGCAAAGCAGGCCAGCAAUUAUUUAUCACUUGCUUCGAACAGACUCAAAUCAUUUGUUACACCUUCUUAUAAACAAGCCACUAUUGCAUUUCUAGAAGAUAUGUAUCAAUAUAUCGACCGUGCACUUCAUGCAUUUGACUAUCCCAGCGAGGCAGCAUUAUUUCCCUACAAAGUGUGCCACCCGAAAUUUUUCAGCCCACCAUUAAAGCAGGACCUUGUUAUUGAAUUCUGUGUAAGAGACAUAUACAUUGCAUGUAAUAUUUACGCUCUCGAUUACAACUUUUUAAAGCAUGGGCAUAGUAAAACAGCUUCGGAAGAGCGGGCAUUUGUGACAUAUAAAGAUAAACCUGUAAUGAUUUUGGAAACUGUAAAGACGCAAGCCCAAUCCCCUAUGUUGACAGAAUUUAAAACCUUGACGAAAAGCAUCCUGGAACAAUGUCAAACUUAUAAACAAAUGCUGCUGCAAAUUGAAGCAUGA